AUGUCAUUCUCCUUCGCUCCAUUGCCUUUAUCUUACCCUGAAGAGAUACAACAUGACCUUUCCCCGUUUAUACUCAUCCAUAAAAAUGGUCGUAUUGAACGGCUAGUCGGAGAAGAGAUCACCCCUCCAUCAACCGAUCACACCACCGGAAUUCGCUCCAAAGAUGUCCAAAUCUCACCGGAAACAGGCCUCUCCGCUAGGAUCUACUUGCCAGGAACUAUUAUCUCCCAAGAACAUAAACUCCCUGUCCUUAUUUACUUCCACGGUGGUGGUUUCCUUUUCGGAACAGCCUUCAGUACUAUGUUCCAGCCCUUCCAUAACAGGCUUGCUUUGGAAGCACAAACCAUCAUCGUUUCUGUUGAUUACAGAAGAGCCCCCGAACAUCUCUAUCCAACUCAAUAUGAUGAUUCUUGGGAAGCCAUCAAAUGGGUUGCUUCUCAUGCAAAUAGAAACGGUUCGGAGCCAUGGCUUAAUGACUAUGCUGAUUUUGAACGUCUGUUCUUUGGUGGGGAAAGUGCUGGUGGAAACAUAGCUCACCAAAUGGGGAUGAGGAUUGGAUUAGGAAAAGACUUGGAUGCUUUUGGUGAUCGAGUGAAGCUUUCUGGGAUUGUCCUGAUCGAUCCACACUUCUGGGGAGAAACUCUAAUUGGUGGUGAGGUGAAUGCUGAUGUUAAGGAAAUAAAUAUCUUGGAAAAACUGUGGCGGGUGAUGAACCCAUCGUUAAGCAGUUUGGAUGAUCCGUUAAUAAACCCGGAAAAAGACCCGAAUCUUUCGAAGUUAGGGUGUCGAAGGGUACUUGUUUCUGUGGCUGAGAAAGAUUUGUUGAGGGAUAGAGGAUGGUAUUAUCAUGAUGUUCUGGGGAAUAGUGGAUGGAACGGGCGAGUUGAUAUAAUUGAAGCCAAAGGAGAGGGACAUGUCUUCCAUUUGUAUCCACCUUUUCGUGAAAACGCUUUAACUUUGUUCAAGACUCUGUUUUCUUUCAUCAAUGGGGACAAGUGCCAUCAUCUGAUAAGGGGCAGUUACAUGUGUCUGGUUCUGGAGAUGGCCGGUGUUCACCAAUGGCAUCAUACAACAUCCGAAGGCUAUGAAUCUGUUCAUCAGUUGCAGGGGUUGAUCUCCAUUCUUAAGUAUAGCCCUGCUCUUGCACUCUUUGACUAA